CCUCUUGUUCCUCGUGCCGAGAGCCGUAGAACCGCCACGACGUUGCACGUUUGUUGCGUGGUUUCGCAUCAACCAUAUCAAUAGAAUGGACCGAACAGGCAAUCUUCGCCUCUCCACCAGGUGCGCGGCAGCAACCAGAUCUGGAGACAUGGCGCGGCAGGAGCUAUGACGUUGUCUUCACUGGAGACCGUCUUGGUCGCACCCCAGGAUUCAUUUGUUGCGUUGAUGUCAUGGUGGGGGCAAGGAGUUUUCCCGUCGUUCGCAUGCUUAUUCGUAUCGUUGAUGUUAUGGUGGGGGGAAGCAGUUUUCUGGUGUUGUUAUUUGGAUGGUGAAGUCUGGGUGUCUCUGGUGAAUUCGGUGCUAUCGGAGGAUGAGGUUUCUUGAGGUUCAGUCGUGAUGAUGGGGUUCACUUUUUUGAGCCUAUGUCUUUGCUCCUACUCGGUAGGCGGUACCGAGUCGAUGUUUGAUUGGUGCGUCCACUGUGUGUAAGCGUGCAUGCGUGGACUUGGUAGGUCCUGUAGGACUUGGUCGCAAUCGCUGUCAUGAUUGUGAUAACACUUAGUCUAUAGCCAGUGGCGGUAUGUCGGUCUAUUCCACUGGCAUGGAGAUCGCUCUCCAUGC